AGCGAUGACCCAGUGACGGGGGGAGACAGCACCAGCGAGGUUUCCGUCUCCAUCUCCUGCUCCUCCACCGACGAAACCAGCUCCAGCCUCGAGGGAAACCAGGGCCUGGAGUGCAGCUGGAGCCCAGAGGAGAGCAUCAAAUCUGGGGCUCCAGGAGGAGGUGGAGAGGCUGAGGAAGAAGCCAAAGACAGAGUGACGGAGGUGCCGCUGCGCUCCAGUAUUCUGAGGAACAGUAUCCGCUCUCUGUCUCCGCUCCGACGCCACAGCUGGGGACCGGGGAAGAACAACGGAGGAGACGCCGAGAUGAACCACAGGAGCUACAGCCUGGAGGGUCUCAGCGGGAUCCAGGAGGAUCUGAGGGCCCCGGUCACAGCUCAGAGGCCCCUCAGAGUCCUGGAGCCCUCGAGGAGACAAGAUUACCGGGGAUCACUGGUGUCUCUGAGCGAGAUCCAGGAGGAGCAGAGGAAAUCGAGGCGCUAUCGGCCCCUGAGGAACAGCUGUCCCCCGAUGGCCCUCCCUCUCACCAAGUCUGUGUCCAUGCUGGCCAUCAGCCAGAGAGACCUCGAUGGUAUGAGGUCGUUUUCCAGCGCCUCUGGGUCACUAGCAUACAGUAUAUCAGAGGAGGAGCCCGGCCCUCUGCGCAGCGACGCUGAUGGAAAGAGUACGACGAAAGUCAGCCGGACGUUCAGCUACCUCAAGAACAAGAUGUACAAGAAAACCAGGGAGAAGGAGAAAGAUAAGGAUGGGAAGGAGAAGGAGAAGAAGGCGAUAAACGGACAUCUUUUCUCCCCGCUGACCCCAGGUCAGGGCCAGUGCUUCCAGUGCAGCAAAGCCUUCAACAGCAAGGAUGCCUUCCUCUGCUCACGUGAGUCUAUCUGUUGUUUGUUGUUGUUUAUUCCAGCUCACUGUCAUUGUUUGUGACGCAUCGGGACUUCUGUUGCUUUAAGUUGAAUAAAAGCC